AUGGCAUUGCCUAAUGGGGAGCAAUCCAGUGAGCUCCUUAAUGCCCGAGCUCACAUAUGGAACCACAUAUUCAACUUCAUAAACUCUAUGUCACUCAAAUGUGCAAUUCAGCCAGGCAUACCAAAUGUUGUCCAUGGCCAUGGCCGGCCAAUGACCCUCUCUGAGUUGGUCGACGCUCUCCCAAUUAACCGGGCAAAAUCCCUUUGUGUUUGCCGCCUCAUGCGCAUUUUAGUUCAAUCUGACUUUUUUGUAAUGCAAAAAAUCUCAAAAAAUGAUGACGAAGAAGGCUAUUCUCUCACACUAGCCUAG